AUGGAUACUGAAGCUAACACCCUUUCAUCUUCUCUCACGUGCGAAUUGAACAUCAUACGUGCAAAAAACAUCGAAUUCAUACUGCCCGGCAGGAUCUUCGUUAGAUACUACCUCGUGGGCAAAGCUGGUGAAAGAAUCCGUCUAAACAGCCGAGAAAUCUCAUCCACAGCUGAUCCGUACUGGAAUGAGCACAUCUCAUUGGAGUGUUGCGGUGCAGCAAACCCCAUGAAGGAUCUUAGCCAGCAGAGCGUAGUCUUCGAGCUUCGGUGGAGGAGCACAGCGCCUAUCAUUGGUAGAAUUGUGGGGUCCAAGCUCUUGGGUAGGGCCGAGAUCGCAUGGAGAGAUGUGUUGGGAUCGACGGGUAUGUCCAUGGAGAAGUGGACUACUCUUGCCACACCGGGCACCAUGGUUGUCGGUCUCAAGCCACCGGCUCUUCAGCUGGGGAUGAAAGUAAGAUUGUCAGAGAAGGUAGGACAUGUGCAUUCAAGAAGAACCGUUGGAUCAAAGAGAUGUAAGGAAUAUAGAUGUGGGCAUGAUUCAUGUAAUGGCGUGGACAAUGAGAUUUUUGCCCUGGCUGCGGCGCUGGAGGUGAUAUAG